UUUUUAGAUGUAUGAUUUAUUGGUUUAUAUUCCAUUUUUCUAACGCAUUGAACCGUUAUUCCUUGGAUUUCGACGAAAAUAUCUUUUUUCGUACAAAAAAAAAACGCUUGAUUACUUUAUAAUCAUCAAAUCCAAUUUCGUUCAAACAGACGGAUUCAAAUGACGGCGCCAAAGUGCAACUGUGUCUAUGUUCGUUAUGAAAAGCAAAUGGUGUGACAGAGACGGCCAUAAGUGUGUGUCGCCAUCUGUGUGUGCAAGUACAAUGAGAUCGGCUAUUGUUAUCGAAUGGUUUUCAUCAGUCAAACGUCAAAAACAAUACGUGUUACAUUCCAGCGUUUGUUUAGGCUUGAGCUAUAGUUUGUCGAUGCGACACAAUCGAUUACCGAUUCCGAACAUCAAUCUCAAUUGAAGCAUUCGUUUAAAUUGCCCGUAGGAAUUUUUUUUAUAGCAAAUUUUGUGACAAUGGCAUCGAAACCAAAGAAAGACGAGAAAAAUGAAAAAGAAAUCGAGGUACUGAAAAUUAACAAAUGGGAUGGAUCAGCGGUGAAGCACGCACUUGAUGAUGCUGUCAAAGGUGCUCUCUUGGAAAAACCGAAUUCGGUCGAGUGUUUUGGUUUGGUCGAUGGUCGUCUAUUGAUUUGCACACUAGCCGUUGGCGUUGCAGCCCUGGCUUUGGUAUGGGACUAUCAAUAUCCAUUCCCACAAUCCAAGCCCGUUCUGAUUAUUUGCGUUGCAUCUUACUUCAUUUUGAUGGCUAUUCUCACACUAUACACAAUGUUCCGCGAGAAGGGAAUCUUUGCGGUGAUGCAACAAAAAGACGGUUCCAAUUCGAAAACGUGGCAAGCCAGCUCUGAAAUGAAGAAAUUCGAUGACAAAUACACAUUGUUUUUGACGGUGAAAGAUGCGAAAGGUGUGCGAGAGGCUUCGAUUUCAAAAUCAUGCGCCAAUUAUAUUGAUGUCAAUGGCAUCGUGUUUGAAAACCUUGUAGCCAAUGAAGUUUCACGGCUGUACAACUCGUUGAAUAAUGAGAAAAAAGACAAAUAAAUCUAAGCCAUCUCGAAAAGUAAAAUCCAACAAAUAACAUCGCAAGCUCAAAGUUUCCAAAGUAAUACGAUACAGCGAGAGAUCGAGUCAUACGCACAGAAAACAGCGCAAGGAUUUUGAUAGCUAUAUUUUUUUAAAUCCAUCAUCAAAAUCUUCUUUUUUUUCCAAAUCACCAUUUCUGUUCCGAGAAUUGAUCUCCACUUCUGUUUUAAUCGAUCACACCAAUUCAAAAUCACACAGUUCCCCCCCCCCCCCUUUCAUUUGGUACUCUUUAUUUGGCUCUUUAGAUUAAUAUCAAAAUGCGAGCGAAUCAUUGUAUAAUGUUUUAUUUGAUUUAUAAAUAAAUUUAUUAUUUCUAAUCGCAAAUCCAAGUGACACACAACUUUGAA